UAGUGGUUAUCAUUAUAUAUGAAAUCUUUGUUUAUAUAUGAUAACACAACGUGACAUAACCAGUAUAUAUCAAUAUACAGUAUACAUAGCCGGAAAAUUUAUCGUACAGAUAUUGUUUUCAUUAUUUAUUAAAAAAAUAGUUUAUAUGGGACGAAUUGUAAGAUAUAUGUGAAACCAGCAUAAAUGAAGUUUGAUUUAGUUAACCAAUACAAACAUAUUUGGAAUACCAAAUGAAAACAAGAUGGCUGAUCAGUACGAACCGAACAUUGGUGAUAUUGAUGAUGACAACAAACCUUUGGUGGAAAUAGAGCAGACUGGUACGAUUGAAACUGUUAAACCACUUCCGGUCUGGAGAAAAAUAUGUUUCGCUGUAGGCGGCGCUCCUUACCAAACGACAAAUACUGUGAUCAAUUUCUUUAUAUCGAUAUUCCUCCUAGAAGUUGCAAAGAUACCACCAGGGUAUGCGUCCAUAAUAUUAUUUGCUGGAAAAGCAUGGGAUGCCAUUACUGAUCCUACGUGCGGAUAUCUUGUUCAUAAAACUGACACGCGGUUUGGAAAGUUUAGACCAUGGAUUCUACUGUCGGCACCGUUUGCAUGUGGGUCAUACUUGUGUGUGUGGUAUGUGCCGGAUAUAUCGGAUGAAGGGAAGUUCGUCUGGUAUUUCUGUUUCUACUGUGGCUUUCAAAUGUUUUUAUCG